AGAAGUGCGCGGUCCCUUUAAGAGAUACCAAAACAAUCAUAUCCACUUCCUGUAUGCUAGUACGUGAACGGCUUCCAUAAGACUCUUUGUAUUGUGAAUUAAAUACUAAAUAUUGAAUAAACGUAUUGUAGGGUUUAUAAAUACACGCCGUCCUACAUGUGUUUUUUUAAAAAUCUGAAGACCUUCUGAAUUUACGAUAAGAUGAUGGCAGCGCGAAAAAGAAAGAUGCUAGUGCUGGCGGCGGCAACAUCUGAACAAACUGUGUCGUUAAAUAAACACAACAAGGACACGGAGCUGAAGCCAAAGGACUCACAAACCGCGCUUAAGAAGCAGCCCAGUCAGUGUGAAAAUGCUCAGAGUGCUGAGGCGGAGCGAAGCUGUUAUUUUACCGGGAAUGAGCAGCAGCACAGGCUAGGAGAGGACUUCUUCAAGCAGCCCUGCAUCAGUUUGGCUAAAGCCUUCCUCGGCAAGGUGCUGGUCCACAGGUGUGCAGAUGGUACGGAGUUGCGAGGAAGAAUAGUGGAAACUGAAGCUUACCUUGGAGGGGAGGACAAGGCCUCACACUCGGCGGGAGGCAAACGCACCGAGAGAAACACAGCCAUGUUUAUGAAGCCUGGCACAAUCUAUGUGUAUCCAAUCUAUGGCAUCUACCUAUGCAUGAACGUGUCUAGUGAAGGGGAGGGUGCUGCUGUGUUGCUGCGCUCACUCGAGCCCCUACAGGGUCAGGCCGUCAUGAGGCAGCUGAGGGCAGCCAGACGCAAAGAGGGAGCCCGUCAGCUGAAGGACAAAGAGCUCUGCAACGGGCCUUCAAAGCUCUGCCAGGCUCUAAAUAUACCACGAUGUUUUGACCGUCGAGACUUAGCCUCAGACCCAGAUGUGUGGCUGGAGAAUGAUCCUGACACAAGUCCGGCAAAACCCCAAGAUAUCGUAUCAGCACCACGCAUCGGAAUAGAGUCCCACGGGGAAUGGGCCAAGAAGCCGUGGCGUUUUUAUCUACGUGGGCACCCCUCUGUUAGCGUUGUGAAUAAAGAGGCAGAGAGACAGACUCUGGAAAUGUCAUGAACGAUUUAAGUCCCCAUGCCGUGAAGCCUGAUACAGGACAGCACAAUGUCAAAAGGACUUAACAGGAAAAUUCCUGAAACUCCUCGGCCAUCUGAUCUCUUUAAAGAGUUUAACACUGAAGAAGAAUAAAAAUCAUACAAAUACA